AUGGCAGUGAGUGGACUUGUUUCCUCACGGUUCCCUCUACUCUCUCUCACUCCUCCCUGCUUUCCCCCACUGUUCCGCCUCCCUCUUUUCCCCCCGCCAAUUCAACCCAUCCUCCAGCUAUCCGCGGACACGCCCACCCACGCGCACCACCACGCCUCCUCAGCCUCACAGCACUCCCCGUCGCUCUCGUUUGCUGUUGCCGCUGCCGCCGCCGCAGCCACAGCAGCCGGGUCCCCACCAGCAGCGGCCAUGGGGGGGCGAGGGGGGGCAUCCCUCCUCGCCUCCUUCGCCGCUUCCGCCUCUCCCGCUGCCUCCAAGCCCGCCGCCGCGCUCCAAACCCUGCCUGGGCCGGCCCGAACCAGCUACACCCCUCCAGGCUCGGUCACCGCCGCCAGCCUCCAAGCCUCAACCGAGGCUGCCCAACCAGGCACACAGCAACCCGCCCAUCCCGCACCAGUUCGACCAGUCCGGUCCUCCAGCACGGCCCAAUUCCCGUUCAGGGUGAACGACGUGGUACUGAUCAAGGGCAACAAGCGCACGCCGGAGCACUUCAUAGGGCGCAAGGCCAUCAUUACGACGCAGUGCCUCAACGGCUGGUACAUGGUGAGGACGCUUGAUGGCGCCGCUGAUGAGGUGCGCCUGCAGUACCGGUCCCUGGAAAAAAUCCACGCUGCUGGUGCUGCUGGGGGGGGAGGGGCAGGGGGGAGUGCAGGGGGAGGAGGAGCGGAUGGGGUUGGUGCUGGUGGGGUUGCGGCGGGGAGUGUGGUGACUGGUGCGGGGGGAGGAGGGACCGGGGGAGGGGGGAGAGGAGGGGUGGGUGGAGGAGAGGGGGAGAGUCAUCGGCUGCUGCCGCCAGCGGGGGUGCCCAAGGGGCGAGGGGCGGGGCAUGGUGGAGCGCGCAGGGAGACCAAAGCCAUGGGGCGGGGCAGGGGUGGACGGGGAGCAGGGAGGGCGGCAAUGAAUGCGUCGCCCAUCAGCACGCCUGCCUCGCUCUGUGGCAGCCUCUCCACGCCCAACGCCUCCCUCUGGACUGGGUCGGUGGCAGGUUCGGCAGCAGCGUCGGAUGCAGCGGGGGGAGCAUCACGGUCAGUGUCGGUGUCGGGGGACUUUGGCAUGUGCAGCGGGCCGGCAGGGGAGGUGGAGCAGGGCGCCAUGUCCACCACUCCCAGAAGCGGCAGCGGCACCUCCCAUGUCACCCGCAUGUCCCAUGCCGCCCCCAUGCCGCACAUGCCUCAUGUGUCCCACAUGCAUGGUGUUGCUGGUGCUAUGGUUGGGAAUGCACCGCACACUAGCAUGUCAACGCCGCAUCACGCCAUGCCAUCUGCCCACCACAGCUCAUCAACAGCUCCACAGAGCACGGUGGUUUAUCCGACGGCCAGCAGCGCGCCCACCACGCCUGCAUCCAUUGGCCGUGCUGCCAUGCCUGUGCCUGCAAGCCCAGGCUCGGCCGUGCCUGCCAGUCCUGGUCCGGCCGUACCUGCAAGUCCAGGCUCGGUGGGGCGAGUGCAGCGAGGGCUGAGUGUGCAGGCGAGCCCAGGCUCGGCAACAUUCCGGCCCUUGUUUCAGACAGGAAGGGGGUAUGCUGCGCAGAGAACCGAUCCUGGAGGAGGUUCGGUAGUGGACGGGGCGGCAGGUGCAUCAGGGGUAGCAGGAGGCAGAGACGAGGGGUGUGCUGCGAUGGGCGAAGGGACAGGGCUGACGGGGUCAGUGCAGGCAGCCGGAUUUGGUGCUCCACAGGUGGUGAGCUCAGCAGAAAUUGAGAUGUCGGCAGCAGGAGCAGCAGCAGGUGGUGGUGUAGCAGCAGGGGCGGAUGGGACAGCAGGGCAGGGGCAUUCCCUAGUAAUGGGCGGUCAGAGGCCACCUGAUGGGGUUCUGAGGAGUGAAGGGUUCAGGCAGCAAGUGGAUGUGCAGACUACAGGGCAGUGUAUGGUGCUGCAGCCUGUAGGUCAGCAGGGUCAAAUGGGUCAACAGGGUCAAAUGGGUCAACAGGGUCAAAUGGGGCAGCAGGGUCGAAUGGGGCAGCAGGGUCAAAUGGGCCAGCAGGGUCAAAUGGGGCAGCAGGGUCAAAUGAGUCAACAGGGUCACAUGGGGCAGCAGGGUCAAACAGGUCAGAUGGGGCAGCAGGGCCAGCAGGGUCAAAUGGAUCAAAUGAGUCAGCUUGUCCUUCAAGAACAGAGCCAACCAUUCAAUCAACCUGGUCAACCAAGUCAACGAGGCCAAGCGAGUCAAGGCUAUGUGCUGCCAGGUCAGCAGCAAUGGAGCACAGCACAGGGGCCAGGGCCGCGGCAAGGAGGAGGGGCAGGGGGCAUGAUUCAGAGCCCGUUGAGCGUGGGUGCAGGGCAAGGUGGUUCGGUGGUUUGUCAGGCAGGGAUGAUGCCCAGCCAGGGCGGCAUGGCAGAGAGUGAGGGGCGUGGGAUGGCAGGGCAGGGGGGAGCAGCGCAGCAGGUGAUGGGGAGGCAGCAGCACAGCUGCGCGCCAGAAGGCUUCAUCCCUGCUGCCGGUGACAUGCUGCCUGCAGCUCCCAGCUAUGGCGCUGGGUUCACAAGCAGCAGCGGAGCACACCUCCUUCCUUUGCCCUCCACACAGAGCCUUGCCGCCCAGCAGAUCAUGGCAGCCACACAGCAGCAGCAGCAGCAGCAGCAGCAGCAGCAGCAGCAGAAUGUGCUGUCUUCUCAGCACAGUCUGUUGCAGCAGCAGCAGCAACAACAGCAGCAACAACAGCAGCAACAACAGCAGCAACAGCAACAAUGGUGUGUUUGGGAGCGAGCACAUGCUGGAGGCGCAGCAGCAGAGGCAGCGGGUGCAGUGGCGGGCGGCAGCAGAGGCGGAGGUGGAAAGGAGCUCUGGGGUGCGCCGUGCCCUCCACUCUGCCUGCACACCAGCGCCCCAGGACUCACAGGGGCAGGGGCAGGGGCAGGGGCAGGGGCAGGGGCAGGGGCAAGUUCAGGAGGUGAUGCAGGCGAGGAUGGGGAGAAGGGAGGAGAUAACUGGGGAGAUGGUGAUAGGGGAGAUGAGGGGGAGGAUGAUGAGGGGGAGGAUGAUGAGGGGGAGGAUGAUGAGGGGGAGGAUGAUGAGGGGGAGGAUGAUGAGGGGGAGGAUGAUGAGGGAGAGGAUGAUGAGGGGGAGGAUGAUGAGGGAGAGGAUGAUGAGGGGAGGAUGAUGAGGGAGAGGAUGAUGAGGGGGAGGAUGAUGAGGGAGAGGAUGAUGAGGGAGAGGAUGAUGAGGGAGAGGAUGAUGAGGGAGAGGAUGAUGAGGGAGAGGAUGAUGAGGGAGAGGAGACGGAAGAAGAAGGGGAGGAGGAAGCAGAAGGGGAGGAGGAAGGCCGUGGCUGUGCCAUCACAAGGGGCGGUGCCAUCACAAGGGGCGAUGAUGCUAUUACCAGGGGCGACCCCAUGGCACGGCAGCAAGGCAGGGGAGGUCACGGACAGCAGCAGCACUGCGUCCGCGUCCCCCAAAAUCACGCAGAUCACGGCGCUGGACCUUCUGAGGAGAAAGAGCCCCGCGCCCCCAUCCAUCUUCUGCCCACCCGAGCCUCCACUGCCCGCACCUCCACCAGCUGCAAGCGCACCAGCUGCACCCGCACCGGAUGCAUUGUCGGCAGGCGGGCAUGAGGAGGCGUUGGUGGGAGAGGGGCGUGAGGAGGAAAGAAUGAUGGGAGAAUUCGAGCAGGGGAAUGAAGGGAAGGAGGAGGGAAUCGAGGAGGGAAAUGAUGAGGGUGUGAGACAAGGGGAAAAAGGCGAGGGGGUGAAUGAGGAAGAGGAGGAAGAGGGCUUGCCUGGGAUGGAGAGUGCGAGUCAGUGUGGGGUUAGCACACAAGUGGUACGGCCUGGAAGCAUGGCUGCGAGUGCACGUGGUGGUGGUGGGGAUGGGGAUGGGGAUGGGGAUGGGGAUGGGGAUGGGGAUGGGGAUGGUGAUGGUGAUGGGGAUAUUGAUGGUGAUGGUGAUAUUGAUGCUGGUGAUGAUGGGAAUAAUGGAACGGAGAUGGACGUGAGAGUGCUGGUACCCCAGGCGCAAAUGAGUGCUGAUGGCGGUGCGGGCGGGGUCACUAUGGCUGGCAUAGGCACUGCUGCUGCUGGCGUCACUGGUUCUGACACGCAUGAAGGGAAUUCGGAGCAGGAGUGGCAAAGAGCGAGUGCGCUUGCCGACUCCAAUACGAAUGCUGGUGCUGAUAAUGAUGGCAGAGGCGCUGGCAUUGCUGCCAGGCGUGGUGGUGAGAGUGACGGCACAGGUGCUGGUGCUGCCAUGGUUGCAGGGGCUGCGCCCACAGGGCAGCGCAAGGUGGGAGGGAGGGAGGGAGGAGGGACGAGGAGGGAGGGUGGUGGUGAGGAUAGUGUGGGUGGCACGGGUGGGCAGGAUGAGCAGGAGAAGGGGGGCGACACGGGAGGGGCGUGUGAGCAGGAUGGCGUGU